AUGGGAGGAAUGAGUCGACGGGGAAGACGCUACUUUUGGUAUACCGAAGGAAGCGGAUUGGGAGGGUGUGAGGGUGAAGGUAGAAUCUUGAAAGAGAACGGGAAGGCGGCGGACGGCGGACGGGAGUCGAGAACAACUCUAAAAAUGUUGAGUUUGGUGCGGGAACGGGGAAUCGGCGGAGAGAUGAACGAAGGUGGAGAAGGAGGAAGGCGAAACGAAUUGGUGUUAGCAGCGGACUCCAACCGGGCCAGAGCGAAGUGGACUUAG